AUGGCUACCUUGUGGGCAGACCAUAAACCACAACCAUUUUUAACAACGUGCGGUGCUAGUGCAUUUAAAAUUAUACAAACAAGUAAAGGUAAGAGGAAGCUCGUAGGAUAUUUCGAGAAUUGGGAGGCUACACUCAAAGCCCUAGGAACUCUGCAAGCUUUCCGGGAGAAUUCUCUGGAGUUGAAAUGGUGUCAACACUCUUUACCUGCCUUGAAGAAAGCACUAACUAAACAAAAGGCUAAGAAUGUUCCUGACAAGAAGCCUGGGAAAACCAUGCAACAGUCUGGUAACGUUAACCUUAAGAAGAAGGACCAGAAAUCCUCAACCAGUGCUAAGAAGCAAGCCAAAUCUACUAAAGACCCGUUGAAGGAUCCCAAAUCCCAGAAGUCGAAGUCCAAUAAGAAGUCUAGGGAUAAAGUAGGAUUUAAUGAUAACGGAACCAUUGGAUGGCAGAAUACAGGACGAUCCAUACCAGCUGAUUGCUGUAAAGUAGCAAUAUUAGAUAAAGACUUCAAAACGCGUAGUUGGAACUUCCCUAGCAAAUGGUUAUCACACAUCCAUCAUGUCUCAGUACCCAAUGAUAGGUCAACAAUACCAUUCCCAGAUCCCGAAAUUAUCUUACCAUUAGUUGAAGACAUAGAUUCACAGAUGGAUAGAUGA